CGACAGAAGAAGAGUCACGCCUGGCCGGCAACUUCAGUCAUGCAGUCAUUGGAAAGUGCAGCAAGGUCAUCCACAUGCAAGACGUUGAAGAGUUCCUCAUUAAGGGGGGAUUUAAGGAGUUCAAACUUAGAAGACUGAAAUCACAAGAGAUUCUCUUCAUUUUCAAAAGGGAGGAAGAUUACCUAAGAUGGUUUCACCAGCGCAAAUGGAACAUAAAAUCCUCAACAAUCACCCUUUGCAAAUGGUCUGUUGAUUACUCACCCUUCAAAGACUGUCCAGUUAUUCCAGUAUGGGUAGAAAUCAAAAACAUUCCUUUACAUCUUAGUGAUCAAAUUCCUCUAUACUCCAUAGCUUCAGCACUGGGAAAGCCACUAAAACUGGGCAGGAAAACAGCCAUGGGAAUCUAUCCGGGCAGUGCUAAAGUCUGUGUAGAAAUGGAUGUUUCCAUUUCCAAACCUCCUAAGAUUCAUCUUAGACUUGGCACAAGAGACCUAUGGCUACCUUGCUCAUAUGAAGAUCAUCCCCCUUUCUGUUCAAAAUGCCUAAGGUUUGGUCACCAGCUUUCCCAUUGCCGGAAACUCUCAUCUCAGGCAGAAUUGUUGGGGCCCUCAGGAGCGGGAGGUUCAAAGCAAGAAUGGAAAAUGGUCAUGAGGAAGGUUCCAAAACCCAGUCAUGAUUUGAGGCGUAAGGCCCCCACCCCUGGUAAGCAUCUCCAAAACCCAGUCCUUUUCAAUCCUCCACAAAUACCUCAAUCCAAAUCAUCUUCUGGCACUGAACAACCCACUACCUCCUUGGAUGUUUGCUCCCAACCCCUACCCUCGGUGGCAGACACCCCAGCCUCAGAUUCCCCUCUUCAGGAGCCCUCCUCUUUUUCCAGCCCCAAAAAUUACCCUUUUACCUCCACUAAAACCCUUGGACCCCACUCACCCCCUUUCACCUUCCCUCCAGAUCUCUCCUUUCUUUACCCCUCUGUUCAGAACCAGUGCAUGGAAAUAAUUCCCUUCAAGCCAACACAGUGCCAGCCCCCUUUAUCAGGAAGUAAAGAUGACCUGCAUAUCUCCCCCAUCUCCUGGGAACCUGAGGAUGAAGAGGAUGAAAUCAUUUCACCUGUUGGUUACCACUCUGAUGGAGGCCUGAACAUUUUACUGGCUAUGCCACAAGGAGCAAAACUAGAAAGGAUGUACCUCCCAACCUUCCUUCAUGAAGCUUCUGUUUUGGAAUGCCUGUGGGAGGAACUUUCUUCUCAAACAGAAACUGAAUACGAGGCUAAUCCAACCCAAGAAAAUAGGGAAAGAAUGCAGAAAGCCAAUGCUGAGCUCAUUAUUGCAACCAAGUUGGAGAUUAUUACAGUAGAAGACAACACCUUUUUUUGUGCCACCCCUUCCAUGGAAGAGGUCCAAAAGGCAGUCUGGGAUUUGGAUGGGAACAGCGCUGGAGGGCCUGAUGGUUUCAAUGGAAACUUUUUCAAAUCUGCUUGGGAGACAAUUAAGCAGGAUGUUUUGAUAGCUUCUCAAGAUUUCUUCAUGGGGCAACAUAUUCCAAAAGCUUAUGGAAGCACCUUUCUAACCCUCAUUCCUAAAACAGAAAACCCAAAGAGAUUUGAGGAUUAUAGACCAAUCUCCCUGUCCACAUUCAUGAGCAAGAUUAAUACAAAAAUCCUGGCCAACAGGCUAAACACCCUCCUACCCAAACUGAUCUCCAAGGAGCAAGCAGCAUUUCAAAAGGGAAAAUCAAUUGAUGAUCACAUCCUCAUGGCACAGGAGGCAGUUCACCUUUUGGAUAAAAAAGUGGGAGACAAUAGAAAUCUGCUCAAACUCAAGGUCACUCUAGAUAUAUACCUCAAGGCUACUGGGCAAGAGAUCAACCUUAACAAGAGCAGAUUCUACACAUCAAAGCACACAACCAGCUCCCAAAAUCAACACAUGGAGAAGGCUCUAGGAAUCAAAAGAGGGAACCUACCUUUUACCUAUCUGGGAGCUCCUAUCUGUAAAGGGAUUAUGAGAAAAGAGCACUGCAAAGAUAUCUUGGGACAUUUUGAAAAACUUAUUCACUCUUGGUACAGCAAGACUCUCAACCAGAUGGGUAGACUUAUACUAAUAAAACAUUUUCUAUCUUCAAUCCCAUUACAUACCCUUGCUAUCCACACCAUUCCCAAAUCAAUCAUCCACACCCUCAACAGAUACAUGACCAACUUUUUGUGGGGACAAAAGGAAGGAUCCCAUAAACACCACUGGGUUAGAUGGGCACAAAUAACAAAACCUGAGGUAGAGGGAGGGCUGGGGAUCAAAAGCUUAAAGGACCUACAACAAGCAUACACCCUUAAACUUUGGUGGAAGGCAAGAAUUGACAUUGGGAUAUGGGGGCCCUAUGUGAGAGCCAGGUAUAUGAAAACAGGAAUCAUGAAGGAAAGGAUCACUGACUCUCCAACAUGGAAAAGGAUUUGCAGAUCUAAUGAUCUGGCAACAUCCCAUACCACCACUACUAGUUCAGGCUUGCUUUGGGAAGGAGGAAACUUCAGCCUCAAGAGUGCUUUCAACAUGGUCCAGGGAAGUGGGACAAACAUUUUAUCCUGUAAAUACAUUUGGCACAGCUCAAACAUCCCAAAAAUCAAGAUCUUCUUGUGGAGACUCCUAAACAGUGCCCUUCCUUUCCCUAAAAACCUAUGUCGUUUCAUGGCAGCCCUUCCCAGUUUCUGUCCUCUUUGCCAUAAAGAUAACGAUGACAUUGAUGACUCCAUGCUCCACUGUCCAACUGCAAAAGAGGUAUGAAACUUCAUGGCCUCCAUUUCCAACGGCCCAAGGGUUAAGGAGAACACCACAUUACGUCAACAUCUUCUUGCAUGGUGGUUUGGUAGCAACACCAAACACUUCAGAGGUAACCUACGUCUCUUCUCCCCAGGCCUCUGCACUUGGUCCUUGUGGAAGGCACGUAACUCUUAUAUUCAUAACGCAGCUAAACCAACAGU